GCAAAUCAACAUAUUUAAAACUGAAUAACAACCGGAAAAAAAAGAGGAGAAAAAUAAAAUAAAACUUCCGACGCAUAAAAAAUGGCAACGUUCUCCGCUCUGUCCACUUUCGCCGCGGCGGCAAUUACCUUGCAACUACUCCUAGUUCCAGCUUCAGCCUCUCCUCAAAUGAAAUACAUUGAUGCUAUCUGCGAUCGCUCCCACGACCAAGAUUACUGCGUUAAAACAUUGACUACCAACCCCCCUACGGCUGCUCCCAUUGGCCUGAACCCACUCGCCGAGGCCGUGAUGGAGCUCACCAUAGCCCACGCCGAGAAGACAGCGGCUUUCCUGGACGAGGCGGCGAAGAAAGAUCCAGCGGUGCAGGCUGCGUAUGCCGAGUACCACAAGGCCUAUCUAGCAGUGGUGGCUGAUCUCAAGAGCGCAAACCUGAAGCUCAAGCAAUCCCCUGACACGGCUCACUACGACGUUAGGUCUUCGACCGACCAGAUGAAGCGCGUGGAGGGAUUAGUUGCGAAAAACAAUGACCAGGCUUCAACCACUCUCAAGGAAAUGACCGUGCAGAUGGAGAAGCUACUUGAUCUUGCAGCUAGUGCCGCCGAUGCUGUGGACGAUGAUGAUGAGAACAUCCACCGUCGCGAAUGAUUUUAAAGCAGUGAUCCGGUUUCGUUUUUUUGUGUUCACACUACAAAAUAUAAUAAAUAAAUGAAUACAUAUACACACACACAAAAUGUGGUGUGAUAAACUAGUAAUUAAGUUCUUAAAAUAUUUGCAGACUGAUGUCAAUUUUUGGCAUAUAUAAAAAGUUUGCUGUAUGAUCUUUUUUACAAAACUAAAUAUAAAUAUAUUUUUUUAUUC